AUGGGCAUCAUUUUUCCCACUGUAAAGUCUUUCGAUAACUACGAGGACCUCAAAGGAGAACUCCACGCUGGGGACCACGCGUCCUGCCUCCCCGACGUCGCACGGCUCCCCUCGGGCUCUGGAGGGCCUCGCGCCUCACGCCCUGGCGGUCUGACUGCCGCCCCCAGCCCGCUCGCUCCAGUCACAGGAGCGCGCCCUGCCCACAGCCGCCUCCACGCCCCUCGGACUCACGUGUCGCGGGCAAACCGAGAAGCCAAGAGGCAGAACGCCCGGGCGAAUGUCCCUCUGAGAGCCGGAGCUGGGGCCACCAGCGGCCAGCCGCAGACCGCAGUCCCACAGCUCGUGUCAGACGCCGGCGCUCUCGCAGGGCUUCGCCGUGCCCGACUCCGGGAACCGGAAACAGGAAGCGCGGAGGCCGGCGAGCGCUCCUCCCACCAGACCCCGCGGCAGGUGAACGCACAGCCCUCGGCCCGCGUUCCCUUCCCGGGCUCCCCGACCACUUCAGACACCGAUUGGCCAGGAUCUCUUUGCUUUUCGCUCCGCCUCUGCCCAUCAACUCCAAUCACUACGAAGAUGGUCAAGUUUAGUUUUUUUCUUUUCUGGUCGCCUCUCUACCAAUGGAACCCACACUCCUGCUCCGCAGUUCUGGGCACUAGCGCCUCAGCGCCCCCAGGGUCACGCGCCAGAGGUUGCUCCCGCACCCUCGGCUCCCUUAUCCCGUCUGCAUUUCUGACGUUUUGGGGAACAAGCAGUUGCUCCCUUUGUUCCUUCGGGACCAUUUUCCUGCUCUCCUUCAGCGCUAGUGCAGUGCUUGGAACCUAG